AUGAGGUUUUAUAUUACCUUUGUCUGUGGCUACAAUGAUGAAGUGGGCAUAGGAAGUUUAUGGCAAGAGAUUGUGGAUUCGGCUAGUAACAUUGAUGAGGCUUGGAUGAUUUUGGGGGACUUUAAUGAGAUUCUUUACUCUAAGGAAAGGGUAGGGAAUAAGACUAAUAAAAAACCAUCUGAAAGAUUUAGAUAUUGUUUGCUGCAUUGCCAGAUGGAAGAUCUUAAGUACUCAGGGUGUUUUUAUACUUGGAACAACAAGCAGCAGGCAGAAGACAGAGUUUGUUCCAAAAUUGAUAGAGCUGUGGUGAACCCAAAAUGGGCAGAUGCAUUUCCGAAUUCUAAGGUUGUUUUUCUCCCAAAAGGUGCUUUUGAUCAUUGCCCGAUCCUUGUCUCAUUUUACCAGGAUACAUGCAAAGGGCAUAAACCUUUUUGGUACUACAAAAUGUGGAGGGAUGCAAAGAAUUUUGGUGUGCUUGUAAAAUCUAGUUGGGAAGAGGCUCUAUCCGGUACUCCUAUGUAUAAAGUAGUCAAGAAGCUGAAGAGAUUAAAGGGAGUGCUCUUGGAUAUUAACAGGAAAGGGUUCAAUGAUAUUCAAGUAGCUGAGUUACAAGCAAAACAGAUCAUGCUUGAGUCUCAAAAAGCUAAGACAAAUUGGGUUCAAUUUGGGGAUGAAAACACUGCAUUUUUUCAUACAUCUUUGAAGACAAGAAUGGCUCAUAACAUAAUUAAUUCAAUUAAGAAUGGGAGAGGGCUUUGGGUAGAUAAUUCCGAAGAUGUCAAGGAUGCUUUUUUGGAUUAUUAUCAGGAGCUUUUGGGUACUACUAUGACUAACAUGCUGAAUGUUAUUAAAGCUAUAGUGGAGAUGGCACCAUUGCUUUCAGCUCAUCAUAUUGGAAUUCUUCAAACUGAAUUUACUCAGCAAGAGGUUAAAGGGAUUUUCUAUGCUAUUCCUGGGAUGAAGGUGUCAGGGCCUGAUGGUUAUGGAAGCUUCUUUUUCAGGAUAACUGGGAUUAAGUUGGCUCGGAAGUUUGUGAUAUCUCUUAAAAGAAUUAAAUACUACUGUUAUCCCCAUUUCCUGCCUUGGGUCCGGGAUGGUGGUCCAGGCCCACUAACUGGGUAA